UUCGUACGUGGCAGUGGGGGUGGGGGUCACUCAUGCCUGUGGGGGGUGAAAACUGAGUUUAAGAAGGUUAGGGCAAGAAAUAUUUAAUAGGUCAAAACCAAAAUCCCUAAAAUAUCUGGGGGAGGUGCGGGCUUUAGACGCCUUUAUGCGUAACGGCACAGAUUUAUGUGCGUAAUUGGGAGGGAGGCGCAGCUCCAUGAGCCCGAGAGUCUGAAUUCCUGCCCCGGGGAGGGGAGGCGUUAUCCGGAUACGUGGUGGAAGUUGAGGCGGCGCCACAGACUCACGCAGACCGGCCCUUUACGCGUUUUUCCAACAAUGGCCCCCUCCAGUUCUUGCCUCUGCCUCUGGUUACUAACAGCGUUCUUCCUCUCGACAGUGAACUCUCAGUAUGAGAAAUACAGCUUCAGGAGUUUCCCCCGGCACGAGCUGAUGCCCCUGGAGUCCGCCUACAAGUACGCGCUGGACCAGUACACCGGGGAGAAGUGGCCCGAGACGGUGGAGUACAUCGAGGUGUCUCUGCGCCUCUACCGGCUGCUGCGGGACAGCGAGGCCUUCUGCAACCUGAACUGCAGCUCGGUCCGGCUGGACGACGAGCGGAAGUUCGCCGAGUUUCCAGAGCUGCAUGCGUUUGGGAACGUGAUGAAGAGGGCGCAGUGCCUGAAGCGCUGCAAGCAGGGGCUCCCCGCCUUCAGGCAGACCAUGCCGAGCCGGGACACCAUCGAUGAGUUUGAUCGCAGGGAGCCGUACAAAUACCUCCAGUACGCAUACUUCAAAUCUAAUAACCUGGCCAAGGCGGUGUCUGCCGCUCACACCUUCCUGCUGAAACACCCCAAUGAUGAGAUGAUGCAGAGGAACAUGGCUUACUACAGGAGCCUGCCCGGAGCAGAGGAGCACCUCAAAGACCUGGAGACCAAAUCCUAUGAGACAUUGUUUGUGCGUGCAGUGAGGGCCUAUAACGGAGACAACUUCCGGACCUCCGUGUCGGACAUGGAGCUGGCUCUGAGAGACUUCUUCAAAGUCUACGACGAGUGCCUUGCUGCGUCUGAGGGUCCGAGGGACGUCAAGGACUUCAAAGACUUCUACCCCUCUAUAGCUGACCACUACACAGAAGUGCUGGAGAGGAAAGUGACUUGUGAAAGCGACCUGACGCCUGUUGUUGGGGGUUUUGUGGUUGAGAAGUUUGUGGCGACCAUGUACCACUACCUGCAGUUUGCCUAUUACAAAUUGAACGACCUGAAGAACGCAGUGCCGUGUGCAGCCAGCUACCUUCUAUUCGACCCCAGCGAUGAGGUGAUGAAGAACAACAUGGAGUAUUACAAGUACCACAAAGAGCAGUGGGGGCUAAAAGAGGAGGACUUCCUCCCCCGAACAGAGGCAGUGCGGUACUACAAUCAGACCAGCAUGCAGCUGCAGAUGCUGGACUUCUCCAGGCAGCACCUGGCCAGCGAUGAUGAGGGGGAAGUGGUGGAGUUUAUAGACGAGUUCCUGGAUGAGACUGAAUAACCCACAAUGGACAUCACUGCUGAACUGCAGAUAACAAAAAUUAAAUAAAAUAUUGUAUUUAUUGGGGUUUUUGAGGCUUUUCUAAAAAAAAAAAAAAGAAAAACGACUCACAGAGUCAGAAAUACAGUUAAUUUUUUUAACGUCAAUUUGUCUUCUAAAUGACAUGUCCAGGGUGCACCCCGCCUUCACCUGACAGUAGCUGGGAUAGGCUCCAGCAGCCGUGUGAGAGAUUAACUGGGUUUAGAAGAUGGAUGAUUGUGCUCCAAAUGUCCGGUUGCACUGACAUGAUCAACUGCUCAAAGACACUGAAAACAAAGAGCUUUGUAAAUUCAACCCUCCACUGUGAAAUACGUUUUCAGAAAUUUCUCACAAUAAAAUCAUUUCUCAAAACUGUUGAAAUAA